AACAACACAGGUCAAUAGGGGUUAACAAAUAGAAUAUUUCAGUUCCAUAACAACACUUAAGUGAAAUGGAUUCCAAAAGGCGGGAGAUGAGUCCGAGAAAAAGCCGUUUAAAUCCAAUUAAAGAUGUUAUAUUUAAAUUUUUAGUUAUUGGAGAUUACGGAGUCGGUAAAACUGCAGUGGUGAAAAUGUACACUGAAGGAAAAUUUUCAUCCAACUAUAAAACAACAAUUGGAGCAGAUUUUUCAGUCAAAACCAUUCUAUGGGAUCCGUCAACACGAGUAAGCGUACAAUUAUGGGAUAUCGCAGGACAUGAAAGGUUCAAUUUUAUGACGAGGGCCUACUACAAAUAUGCAGUUGGGUGUGCGAUAGUCUUCGAUGCUACUCGACAUAACACAUUCAUUUCUGCCAAGAAGUGGCUUCAGGAUUUACGAGAAAAAGUUGUCCUCGACAAUGGCAGAGACAUUCCUGUAGUACUUCUUGCCAAUAAGUGGGACAUAGAAGAACAUGGUGUCACAACAACAUCCAUAACAAAGUUCUGCAAAGAGAAUAAUAUUUUAAACUGGUUUCCAUCAUCUGCCAGAUACAAUACUAAUAUCAGUGAAGCGAUAGUAUGCUUGAUUGGUGCUGCUCUAGAGAAUAUUAAACCUCCAGUCGAACCAGCUCCUGAUGUAAUAAAAAUUGAAAAAUCGCGGAAAAAAAGUGAAAAAGAACCAUGCUGUAUAUAAACACAUUUCCAAGGACAUUUAUAUUAAAAGAAGAUUUUACACUCCCCCAUUAGCCUUUGACUAUUUUCACCGUGGUUUAAAAGCAUUUACGAAAAAAAAUCAUCUAAAUUUUGUUCUUUUUCUCUUUGUAUUCUUUUAAAAAAAUGACUAUAAUUUAGGCUUUUAUGUUCAACGGAAGAAAACUUGAAGUGAUGUAUUUAUGAAGUUGAGGAAGAGAUCAGUACAUCAAAGAAGAAUGUGCCUAUUUAUUUAAAAACAGAUGAGUACUGAAGAAUAAAAUUUAAAGUUGUGAUGAGUGAAUAAAACUUGUAAGUGAAUGGGA